GUUUAUAAAUUGACCAAUUUAAUUUUAGUCACAUGACAACUUAGUAAUGUGACUUUCACAAAGGGAAAUCACUUACAAAAUAUUAGUGUAAAAAUGGCGUCCUCCUUGAUACAUAUGAACAGAGUGUUUACUUCAUGCCGGAACUGUUUACCUGUGCUAACUAACUUUGUGAGGAAUAGUUCUAAUGCUGCUUGUAUCACACGUGCUCAUAGAAUAUGUUAUCCAAGGACAUACCCAACACUGCUUGUAUUUCCUGAUGGUAGCACCAUAAAUAUUAGAUACAAAGAACCUCGACGAAUCAUUAAGCUCCCCCUGGAUAUCUCCAAACUUUCUGACACUGAGAAAAAACUUGUUCUAGCCAGGAGGAAGCCCAAGCAAAAACUGGAAGUGUUCGAGGACUUUGAAGAAACGUUUAGUGUGGAUGACUAUAGCAAAUUUUUCAAGAAGUGAUUACUGUCUCCUGUUGCAGUGUGUACAUUUUUUACAAUAAAUAUUUAAAAACUAAUUCAAUCAUU